UCCCUCAUAAGAAACCACUCAAAACUUCCAUCCUCAAAAGUCAAAACCGGAGAGCCCCUCCUAGCACCCGUUGCCGGUCAUCUCCUCCGCUGCCGCCACCAUGUCCGGUCAUCUCCACGCAUCCCAAUUCACCUCCCCCCGCCGCCUCCUCGACCAUCAUCUUUCCGACCUUCACAAAUGCUCCGACCGUCACCGCCUACUCCAACUCCACUCUCAAAUCUUUCGUCUUCACCUCCACACUAACCCCUACAUCGCCUCCAAGCUCAUCGCUUCCUACUCCCUCUGCCUCCUCCCCUCCUCCUCCGCCGCCGUCUUCAACCUCGUCACCGAACCGACCUCCCAUCUCUUCAACACCCUCAUUCGGGCCUUCGCCCAAAACUCCCUCCCCUCCCACUCCUUCGCCACCUUCUUUCGCAUGCAGCUUUCCUCCAUUAAAGCCGACUCCUUUACCUACCCUUUCCUCCUCAAAUCCUUCUCCGGCUCACUCCGCACCAUCGAGCUCAUCCACGCGCAUAUUAUUAAGCUGGGCUUCCUCUCCGACACCUUCGUUCCCAAUUCGCUUAUCGAUUCCUACUCCAAGGCCGGCGAAGCGGGCUCAGCCGGUAAAGUUUUUGAUGAGAUGUCUGUAAAAAAUUUGGUAUCGUGGAAUUCAAUGCUCGCUGCGCUUGCUAGAGCAGGGGAUGUGUGGGGUGCACGAAGGUUGUUUAAUGAAAUGCCUGACAAGGAUAACGUGAGCUGGAACAGCAUGUUGGAUGGUUAUAUAAAGGCUGGUGAAAUGGAUGCAGCGUUUGAUUUGUUUUGCAGAAUGCCUGCAAGGAAUGUGGUGUCUUGGUCCACUGUGGUGUCGGGUUAUUGCAAUGAGGGAGACAUGGAGAUGGCAAGCAUGAUGUUUGAUAAAAUGCCUGUUAAGAAUGUGGUUCCAUGGACGAUAAUGAUAUCUAGUUAUGCUGAGAAGGGCCUCGCUAAAGAGGCUUCGGCCUUGUUGGAUCAAAUGGAGGAAGCUGGCUUGGAACUCGAUUCUGGUGCUGCUGUUAGCAUUCUUGCUGCGUGCGCUCGGUCGAAAUUCCUCGAGUUGGGUAAGAGAAUCCAUGAUACUGCCAGGAGGAAAAAAAUGACUUUUACUACUCAAAUUAGCAAUGCAUUGAUUGAUAUGUAUUCAAAGUGCGGUGAUUUAGAUGUGGCAUGGAACAUCUUUGAAGAAAUGGAAGAGAAGGACUUGGUCUCAUGGAACUCUAUGCUUCAUGGCCUUGCUUUGCACGGGCAUGGUAAGAAAUCUCUGGAACUGUUUGCUAGGAUGGAGGAGGAAGGGAUAAUUCCUGAUGGUUUUACCUUCGUUGGAGUGCUCUGCGCUUGUACUCACCUAGGGCUCAUCAAAGAGGCUCGUAGAUAUUUCAGCAGUUUGCAGAAGGAUUAUGGGAUUGUUCCCAGGAUUGAGCACUAUGGAUGUCUUAUUGAUAUUCUUGGGCGAGGAGGUCUUCUAAUGGAGGCUUACAGCCUUGCCAAGUCGAUGCCUUUGGAGCCUAAUGCUGUAAUAUGGGGAAGUAUUCUCAAUGCUUGCAGGUUUCAUGACAAUGUAGGCAUUGCGGAGAAGAUUACUGAUGAAUUGCUAAGUCUGGAACUAUCAGAAGAAGGGAACUUUGAAGUUAUUUCGAAUAUAUAUGCAGCAGCUGGAAGAUGGGAUGGUAUAGCUGAGGCUAGGUUAAAGUUGAAAGAUUUUAACAGGCAUAAGGUGGUAGGAUCAAGGCGUAUUAAGAUCAAUGAGGCAGUGCAGGAGCUUGCUCUGGAAGAGGGAAUUCACCCUCAGGCAGAUAGAAUUCUCAGGAUGCUUAAUAGGCUGGGAAAGCAUUUGAAGAAACUUGGAUUGAUAGGUAAAGGAGAUACUUCCAUGGCUUUUGUAAGUUCUCAUUGAUGCAGGCUGGAGCAAUAUUUUUGUGAGCUGGAGUUUUGGCUGAAAGUGAAUCUUUACUGCUGAUGAGAUUCUGCCAAUGUGUUAUGAGGAAGAUGGGGAGAUAUAAAAAGCACAGUUUGGUGAGCUGAAUCUGCAAAGUGUUAGUUUCAGUUUUCUAUUAUUAGGGAGCUUGAUUCAUGUCCUGCUCCAAGAUCAGAACUUUUCUGAGGUCAACAAGGAUCAUGUUUAUUCAUUGCUGUGACUGAAACUGAAAUUGCUGAAACUUUAAAGUGCUGGCUAUUGAAACUAGCCUCAUCAAUAUCAGUUAAAAUGAUUCAGGAUAUUUUUUGUAAAAUCGAGAGGUGAAUGCAGAUUGAAAUUCGGGAGGAUGCCCUUUGUAUAUUAAAAGGAAUGUGAAAUGAACAUUUGAGGUUUCUGCAUGGUGGACCAGCAAACGCAGUAAGUUUCAAUCAAAUUUAGUUAUGAUCAUUUAAAAUGUCUGCUAAAUGGCACUUUAAAUGUACUAAUUAAAUCUGUGAAUAUUAAUUGCAUUUAUGCUAAUCUGUUGAUCAUAAU